AUGGUUAGUGAUAUGAAAUCAAUACCACAAAUUUCUAAGAAAGACUCAUACAGGUAUUUUGUCAAAGUAUCGAAUGCUAGUGUCCUGACCAACCCAUCUGAAUAAAAAUUAGAUGUUCUGGACUACUGA